AUGCUUCUCCGUCCCUACAACCUCAGGGCCACCACGGUCAACCUCACCACGGCCAGAGUCCCCGUCUCUCAGAGUCAUCCGAUCGGCGGCCUUAUCUACUCCCGCCAGCAAUAUGCUCGACCGGCGUCUGCGCCGUUUGCCAAGCGCUCCCUGGUGACACUGAGUGCCGGCACACGCCUGGCCAAGCUCACCCAAGAGCACUCAGCCGCGUCGAUCGCUGCUGUCCGUAUGCUGAGCACCACUAGCUCCCUCUCAAAGGUGAAACAGGUGCCCAAGUUGUCGCAAUCCGCCCACCAAAAGAGUCCCAAGGCAUCCCAGUCGCAGAAUCACCCAUCAUCUUCGUCAUCGUCAUCGUCUUUUGCGUCUGCUUCCAAGUUCACGGCCCCGCAGAAACCACCGAAACACCAGCAGCGGCUAGCCACCGAGACCGCACCCCUCCAUGCCCAGGGGCAGCAUGCUUCUCCCGAUCUUGACCGUGUCACCAAAGAGUUUCUGGCCAAGGAGGGCAUCCCGACGGAGCACAUGACCCUCACCGCUCUGCGCGCCUUGGUCCAACCAACCGUUCCGUUAGCGGCUUCUGUCUCUGCUUCUCAUGACAGCCACUCCCCCGCAGUCGGCGCAGAGGUCGAUCAAACCAGUGCUUUUGAUCUGCUUGGUCUGGAUGCUAACGGCCGGAACGCCCGGGGCACGACGGCUGCUCCUGAGGGACUUGAGCCUCCUCCCUACUUGAGCUUCAGCAAGGAUGCCGCUGACGAGAUCUCAGAUGCGGCAUAUGCAAUCAUCUCGCAUCCUCCUGUUAUCAUCACCCCGCUGCUGCUCAAAGAGUAUGGCUGUCCCAAGCUUAGCUCUGGACAUAAGCUGACCUACAAAGAGCGGAACCCUGACAUGCCAAAGAACGCGGUUGAUCCCGAGGUUGCUGAGAUGGCACUGGACGCAGCACUUGAUGCCAAGGACCUUGAUGCUGCUGUUGGCAUCGUCGAAAAUACGUACUCUACCAAGGCUUACACCCGCGACAAGUUGUUGAGAAAGGCACUUAUACCCAUGACGGGCUUGGGACUCACUCCUGUCGCUGCCUAUGCUCUCGCCAAGAACUACGGUACAUGGCAAGAUUCAAUGGAGACUGUUUUGGCAACCAACGUAGCCUUCUUUGGCAUGCUGGCCUACGUUGGCUUCACUGCGACCAUGGGCAUCGUGGCCAUGACUACGGCAAACGACCAGAUGAAGCGGGUGACCUGGGGCCCGGGAAUUCCGCUGCGGGAGCGAUGGAUCCGAGAGGAUGAACGGGCCGCUUAUGACAAGAUUGCUUGCUCAUUCGGAUUCGGGGAAGUGCUUCGUUACGGAGAGGAGGAGGGAGAGGAGUUUGACGUGCUUCGUGAAUAUAUUUUGAGCAAGGGCAUGAUUCUCGAUGCCGUCAACCUGAUGCCAGGCAUGCAAUAA